AUGCCUCUCGGCUUCGAACGCCUCAAUGAGCGCAAGCAGCGCCCGAAUCCCCUCAUCAACUUCAUCAAGCCCAAAGAGGGACCCGAUCAAGCAACCGCCGAAGAGUUCCUAUCAAGAAUCGCCGCACAAUGCUAUCCCGUCAUGAAGAAGCACCACAUCAGCGUAAUGGCGCUAGAAGAAUACGAGCCGAACCCGGAGUUUCUCGGACGCAACUUCAACGCCGGCGAGGUCAUACAACUGGUGCUAAAGGACAGGCAAGGAAGAUGGCUGUCAAUGAAAUUUGUACAAAUGGUCAUGAUGCACGAGCUGGCGCAUUGCAAGCAGAUGAAUCAUAGUCGCUUCUUCUGGAAUGUACGCAACGAAUACGCAAAGCAGAUGGAGGAUUUGUGGAAAGAUAAAUACACUGGGGAAGGCAUCUGGGGACGUGGGAGAGGGCUGCAGAACGGCGCAUUCGUCUCUGCAGCUCCGCCUGACAACAGUCAGAUCCCGGAGCAUCUAUGCGGUGGUUCCUAUCGGCGGCGAGGACGCAAGAGGAAGCGGGGCGGGCAAGGUGGAGACCAGCCGGAGAAGCUGACAUAUGCCGAGCGCCAGCAACGACGCAUUGCCCGCAAAUUUGGCAAGCAUGGCGAUGGAGAGUCCCUUGGCGAGGACGACCUAGUGCGAGGCGCGUUAGAAAGCUCGGGUGGUGGAAAGAGAGGUCAUGGCAAACCGAGGGUGGCGAACAGCAAACGUGGCCGAGAAUUGAGAGCUGCUGCUGCGUUGGCGCGAUUCGAGCAGACAAAGAGCAACCCACCGGAGAGGAUACCUGAGCUAGAAGAUGAUUUGGACAGUGAGACAGAGUCUGAGUGGGAAGACGACGCUUUGAGCGCUGGCAAGAACUCGGCCGUCAUCAGCGAUGGGCAAGGACGUGACUUGAUCAAAGUCUGCGGUGAUGGAGAAGAUGACGAGGAAGGCGCGAAUAAAGAGAUGGACGAGCUUCGCAUGCUCAGUACGGCACGAAAGGGCAAAGCCAUCCCUUGGAAACCCGCGCCAAAGCCAGCAAGAGGCGAAGAGGGCCACGAGGAUUCAGAGACCGAGAGCGAGACAGAUGAGCCAUCAACUUCGAGACACUCGGUCAAACCGGCCAAAGCCUCUGCGAAUAGCCAACAGAUCGUAAUUGACGACGAUACUGCCAGCGAGGCUGAGGACAACCAAUCGAAGGAGCAGCCAAAGAAUUCAGCAAUGCAGCCAUCGCAAGCCAUUGCCAAUGACGAUGGAAAUGUAAAUGACGAUCUGCCGUCUUUGCAAAAGGAACUGCUUCGCGAGUUGGAUACCAGUAAUGCUGUAUCUCAAACAAGCGAAGCACCUUCCGGGCCAACGCCGACCCUUGCGACAGGAUCAGACCAAGCACCUUCGUCCUCUAUCUGCCCGAUCUGCUCACUCGAGAACGAUCAACAGUGUCUGAGUUGCAUAGCCUGCUCAAACGUCUUACGGCCGAAGCUGGUGCCGAAUUGCUGGCGCUGUAAGAGGGAGACAUGUAAGGAGAGCAAGUACGUCAAUGCUGGCGAUGCUGGAAGGUGCGGGCUUUGUGGUGCUCAGAAGCCCAAGCAAACAACGACGAUGGCUGAGGGCACGAAUGGACGUCCAAUGGGAAUUACUCGAGCUGAGGUAUUGAGAUGGGACUAA